CAAAGGUGUCAGACAUUUCGCCAGUUGUGGACAUUCUCGUCUUUUCACAUCUUUCUCUCACAUUUUCCGCCCUGUACUCUCUCUCUCCCCCUCACUCGAACUCUGCAUUUUCUCUCUUAACUUUAUCUUUCUCUGAGCUCUGAUUUUCUCGGAAAAUCGGUUCUCCCUGCUGCCGAGUGCUCCGGAGCCAGCUGCCGCCAACUCAUACGCUCCGAACUCGGGGCGAUAAAGCGCCGGCCUGCUGCCGAGUGCUCCGGAGCCAGCUGCCGCCAGCUCAUGCGCUCCGAACUCGGGGCGAUAAAGCGCCGGCCGAGCUGAGACUUUACUGCUUAGGCGAAGUUCCUUCGCGAGCUAGGUUCAGGCGAUGAACGGCAUCUGGACGGUUAUACCUCCAUUAUUUCUAGCGAUUAGCGGCUGUUCUCUCAGCGAUUCUGUCGAAGAACUCUAAAAAUCGAAGUUGUUUCAUUUUCGAGUAUAUGUGCUUCAUUUUCACAGGCCUUUUCAGAAGCUCUUUGGCUAAGUUCUUAAGGGGCUUACAGAGGUCGCCAUUGGAGGAUCUUCCGGUGAUUUUUUCAUCUGCCUCGCGGUGGUUGUCGCCGAAAUGAGGAGAAGUUGAGCGAUAACUCGGCGCUUUCUCGGGAUAUUUUGGAGAUGGAUUCUUCGGUGGAGCGAGCGGCUGUGACUCCAAAUAAUAAGAGUAGAUUCAUUCGCACCUUUGCUAAGGUUCUUCAUCUUCGAACGGCCACUGGGGUUGCUCCUGAUGUUGCAAUUCAUAAAGUCAAGACCCAUGAAAAUGUCAAGGUUGAUUAUGUUAGUGGUAGCAGGUCCAUGUCUUUUGAUGAUGAUGAUAAGAAGAAUCAGAACAGAGCAGCCAUGGAAGCUCUUCUUGCAAAAUUGUUUGCUAGCGUUUCUGCUGUGAAAGCAGCAUAUGCCGAGUUACAGAUUGCUCAGUCCCCUUAUGAUGCAGAUGAGAUUCAGUCUUCUGAUCAGAUGGUGGUAUCUGAGUUGAAGAAUUUGUCGGAAUUGAAGCAGUGUUUCUUGAAGAAGCAGUUUGAUUCUUCCCCCGGAACAACUCUGCUUCUGGCUGAAAUUCAGGAGCAGAAGAGUCUUUUGAGAACCUAUGAGAUAACAAUGAGUAAGUUGGAUUCUCAGCGGAAGCUUAAGGAGUCGGAAAUUAUGUUUCUUAGGGAAAAGCUGGAGGAAUCCAAUAAACACAACAGAAUGCUUGAGAAGAGAUUGAACCGAAGUGGAUUAUUGCAUGUUCUUGACAAUCUUCGUCUAUCUGGAUUAAACCCCAGCCAUUUUAUUACUGUUCUUCGGCACACGGUAAAAUCUAUCCGAAGCUACAUUAGGCUGAUGAUAAAUGAGAUGGAGUCUGCUGGAUGGGAUUUGGAUGCCUCUGCGAGUGUGAUUGAACCGGGUGUGCACUUUUGGGGAGCCAACCACAAAUGUUUUGCAGUUGAAGCCUUUGUUUGCCGGGAGAUGUUCGAUGGUUUUCAGCAUCCAAAUUUUUCUCUUCCAAAUGAAUCUUUACCGGAGCAGAGGAAACGACAAUGCUUCUUCAGCAGAUUCAUGGAAUUGAAGGCUGCAAAACCAAUGGAAUUCCUCGCCCAGAAGCCAAAAUCAGCGUUUGCUAAAUUUUGCAGGAUUAAGUACCUGCAACUUGUUCACCCCAGAAUGGAAUCCUCCUUUUUCGGCAGUCUAAGCCAGAGAAGCCUUGUGAAUUCUGGCGAAUUCCCGGAAACUGCCUUCUUCAUCUCUUUUGCAGAAAUGGCAAAGCGGGUCUGGCUCCUACAUUGCUUGGCAUUUUCAUUCGAGCCAGAGGCUUCUAUCUUUCAAGUGAAGAAGAAGUCACAAUUUUCUGAAGUUUACAUGGAGAGUGUGACAGAUGAAGCAACUCCUUCCUAUGGCGGUGAUUCCCCAAAGCUAGACUCUCCUGAGCCCGAUCAGCUGGUGGCUUUUACGGUAGUUCCGGGUUUUAGGAUCGGUAAAACUGUAAUACAGUGCCAGGUGUAUCUUUCUCACCCUUAAUAUCUCAGCCAACCGUUGAUCCUUCAUCGUGAUUGGAUGGAGAAGAUGAAGCAGGCAUCUUCUGGGCCUGCAGCAUCAAGUGGCGAUUGCUAGGGUUGAUUUUGUAGCUUGCUAGCGCUUCUAGAUUAAAAAGAAAUGGAUUGCCUUGGGGCCCAGGGUGUCUGGCACUUGUGGAGGACAAAGGGGUAGCUGGGCCUUUUUGUCACUUAGGUGGCCAUUUUGAGCAGUGAAGUGCUUUGAUGGUUGUGCCUUUGAAACAGCGUUUGUCUUUUUAAUCUUGUUUUUAGAAAACAUAUCCAAGUUCCAACCCAAAUUUUGUUAAUAUCAGGUAAGUGACAGAAGGGAUUUGUUGGCUGUUUCAUAUAAAAUUGCCUUAUAUAUGACAUUGUUGUUAUGGUGUAAGUAUUGUAGAAAAGAGUAUUUUAUUGUCUUCCGUGCA